UUGAAGACCCGACUGGUUAGUAGUGGUACGUACAAGCAUGUAGGAAGAGUUGAACUUUACUACCAAGAUGCCUGGGCUACUGUGUGCGACGACUAUUGGGAUUUAAACGACUCACAUGCAGUUUGCCAUACACUCGGGUUCCCUCGUGCGUCUGCUUACUAUACGAGUGCAACUUAUGGAGCUGGAUCAGGGCUUGUCCUGUUGGAUGAUGUGGCAUGUUCAGGAUCUGAAUCGAACCUCGCUUUUUGUGGACACAUAGGCUACGGCAUUUCAAACUGUGGUCAUAGCGAAGAUGCAGGAGUUGCGUGCACAGGAGGCGUUGAGCCUGUAUGGACCCGUUUGGCUGAUGGUAGAGGUCCAUAUGAAGGCAGAGUUGAAGUCUUCCAACAGGGUGCAUGGGGCACUGUUUGUGACGAUAGCUGGAGUCUAUAUGAUGCUCACGUAGUCUGUUACACAUUAGGAUAUCGACGGGCUGUUGCAUACCACCGUGGCGCAUUCUUUGGUCAGGGCACAGGGGAUAUCAUCAUGGAUAAUGUAGGUUGUAGCGGGUCUGAGUCAAACCUAGCAUUCUGCUCGCACAACGGUUACUUCUAUGAAAAUUGUGAACAUGCCGAUGAUGCAGGAGUUACGUGCGAAGGCCUCGUUCUUGUGCGUCUUGUUGAUGGAGCAGCACCAAAUGAAGGUCGCGUCGAGGUUAACUACCAAGGAUCAUGGGGUACAAUCUGUGACGAUUCUUGGGAUAUUAACGAUGCUACGGUUGUCUGUCGAAUGCUUGGGUAUUCAAACGUCUCCUCUCCAUUAACAUCCUUCGGACCAGGCUUUGGGAAUAUCGUUCUAGACGAAGUUAGUUGUGAGGGAACAGAAGCCAACAUUUCAAGCUGUGUCCAUAGCAGAUAUGAGGUUCAUGACUGUGAGCACAACCAGGACGUUGGUAUAAGGUGCAGUGGUGAAGUUAAACUAUCUGCUCGUCUCGUCGAGGGUGAGCGUGAGAAUGAGGGCCGGCUCGAAUUACUCUACAUGGGAGAGUGGAGCAAUGUCUGCCAAUUUGGUUGGACACCCCGUGAUUCGGACGUUGUCUGUCGAAUGUUAGGAUUUGUCGGGGCUUCAAACUCAACCAGUUUGUCUUUUGGUGGUGGACCCGGGAAUGUGGUCUUACGAAAACCGGAAUGUUCUGGAACAGAGUUGAGUCUUCUUGAAUGUGACAGAUUUCAGAUGGGUUACACUUACUGCGGACAUUCAGAAGGACUGGGGAUAUCUUGUUGGGAACGAGAUGAUAUUCAAGUUCGUUUGGUGAACGGAGACUCUGACAAGGAAGGCCGUGUUGAAGUUCGUUCUAUGGGGCAUUGGGGGACAGUAUGCGACGACAAUUGGGACUUAAAAGAUGCUAACGUGGUUUGUAGAAUGCUUGGAUUUGAACGGGCCGUCAGCUAUACCUGCUGCGCUGGCUACGGAGAAGGAUCUGGCCCAAUAAUCCUUGACAAAGUUGACUGUAACGGUACUGAAAACAACUUAGGCCAUUGCCCCAAGAGCGACUACAAGAUCAACGACUGUGAUCAUUCAGAAGAUGUUGGCGUCUCUUGCAUUGAAUAUGAUUUUGAUGAGUGUAACCAAAUCCUUGAUGAUUAUCCGUGUGACGCCCUCAACGGUGUAUGCAUUAAUACCCGUGGAUCUUACACCUGCUCCUGUACUUCUGGAUAUCGUAUAGAUAUUGAUGAUACAUGCCAUGAUAUCAAUGAAUGCACCAAUACUCUUGAGGACUACCCAUGUGAUACCAGCAACGGCAUAUGUACUAAUACAGAUGGUUCUUACGUCUGCUCGUGUGCUGUUGGAUAUCGUUUAGCAAUAAACAACACCUGCCAGGAGCUCGCCCCUCAUUCAAAUGGAAGAGCCGGUUUAAUCGGAGGUAUUGUCUCGUUCAUCAUCAUCAUCAUCAUCGCAAUAAUUGUCACCGUCGGAUUACUUUGGAAGUACAGGAAAUUUCCACAAAUACUAUGCAGAAACGAACCUCAUGAGAUGGAUGGUCAGACAUCUCCGCAAAAUCCAAACACUUACGGUGGAGGAACGUAUUAUGAACAUGGCAACGUGCAUGUAGAUACUGCCUGCAAUGCAGAGCUGAAAGGAAAAGCUGCGUACCAAGCUGACAAAUGUUCUGAUAAUGAUGAAAAUGAGGAAAUUUACGAGAAUCUUGGUGAUUAAGUCCUUAACUGCAUGCAACCCCACCGAUAACGACCACCAGACGAGCUCUAGAUUAUAUGUCAUCCACAACAGGAUAUUUUAUUGACAAAAAUUAUAUCUUAUUUAGAAACUUUAGAAAAUGAGCGUUUUGAAAUCAUUCACAGGUUUGACCGAGGGUGUUAUGUUAUAAUGAUAAUAAUAAUAAUAAUGAAGUUCCUAUAUAGCGUUUUUAAGACCUGGAAUGACUCUCAAUGCACUUUAC